GCGCGCAGAGGGUGAGCAACAUCCCCAGUGAAAAACAACAACAAUCAGAACAGCAAGGCUGGAAACGGAGAUGGCCCCGUGAAAACGCAAUACUUAUACAAUUGAAACAAUUCCAGUCCCGUUGCUGCUAUUUUACCAGAAACUUUAUAUGUCGACUGUGUCGAGCCCAUGAACCUGGCCAGUCUGAGCGGGGAUGCUGGCGGAAGCCAGCUUCUCUUCGCCAACUUUAACCAGGACAACACGUCCUUGGCUGUUGGCACCAAAUCAGGAUACAAGUUUUUCUCCUUGUCCUCUGUGGACAAAUUGGAGCAGAUAUAUGAAUGUACCGACACGGAGGACGUGUGCAUCGUGGAGCGCCUGUUCUCCAGCAGCCUGGUGGCCAUCGUGAGUCUGAAGGCGCCCAGGAAGCUCAAAGUCUGUCACUUCAAGAAGGGAACUGAGAUCUGCAACUACUCUUAUUCAAACACCAUACUGGCUGUGAAACUGAACAGACAGAGGCUGAUUGUGUGUCUGGAAGAGUCGCUUUACAUUCACAACAUCAGAGACAUGAAAGUGCUGCACACUAUCCGAGAGACUCCGCCCAACCCGUCAGGACUGUGUGCUCUCUCCAUCAGCAACGAUAACUGUUACCUGGCGUAUCCGGGCAGCGCCACGAUAGGGGAGGUCCAGGUGUUUGACACGGUCAACCUGAGGGCGGCCAACAUGAUUCCGGCUCACGACAGCCCCUUAGCGGCGUUGGCGUUCGACGCCAGCGGCACCAAGCUGGCCACGGCUUCAGAGAAGGGCACGGUCAUCCGCGUCUUCUCCAUCCCAGAGGGACAGAAGCUGUUUGAGUUCCGGCGAGGCGUCAAGAGGUGUGUGAGCAUCUGUUCGCUGGCGUUCAGCAUGGAAGGCCUGUAUCUUUCUGCCUCGAGCAACACAGAGACGGUCCACAUUUUCAAAUUAGAGACGCAGAAAGAGAAGUAUGUGCCGGCUGAGGAGCCGACGACAUGGGGGGGUUACUUGGGGAAGGUGCUGAUGGCGUCCACCACCUACCUGCCUUCACAGGUCACAGAAAUGUUAACCCAGGGACGAGCUUUCGCCACCGUACGCCUGCCCUUCUGCGGACACAAAAACAUCUGCGCCUUAGCCGUGAUUCAGAAGAUUCCCAGGCUGCUGGUGGCAGCGGCUGACGGAUAUUUAUACCUGUACAACUUGGACCCUCAGGAGGGGGGGGAAUGCACGCUCAUGAAGCAGCACAGGCUUGACAGCAGUGCUGAACCUCCCAAUGAGAUCCUGGAGCAGGGCUCACAUGAUCGCCCUCUUGUGGCCCAAACCUACAGUGCCGCUGUCAGUAAAGGUUACUGCGAAGAGCAGGGCGCGGUGGGAGGGGCGGGGCUGGAGGAGGACCUGAACGACCUGCGCCUGGAGGAGGAGAACGAGCAGCCGCCGCUCAUCCUGGAAACCGACUGACCCCGACAGAACCCCAAAACCCCCCUCCCGACGUUCAGAGGCCUCCUCUGGUGCUGCUGUGAAAACACCAGACACGACGAGGGGCAGGGACGGGAUCAAAGGCUGGGGGAGGCGUUCAAGGACCUGCCUUUCAGUCUGUCUGUCUGUGCAUUGUUCUGUCCACAUACCAAUCAGUUUACUGUCCUGCUCCCCCUCCCCCCCGCCCUCUCUCCACCAUGCCUCCGUCCCCUUUAGUUUGCCUGUGCGGGUCAGAAUGUGGAGCUUUUUGCAUGUACAUGUGCCAACUGCUACGAAGCAGAGCAAAGACAAACCAUGCUUCAUUGUGAAAAUGAGCCCCCCCACCCUGUGAGCGUGGUCAAACAGAAAGAGUUAAAAGAAAAAAAAACACAAUGUAGCCGUGUCUCAUUUGGUGGACACGUAUAUAAAUGCACUGUGUACAAUG